AUGAAGAGAUCCAGAAAACUUAUCAUUGCCACUACUUCAACAGAAGAUGGAGAAAGAAUUCCUGAAACUCCAGAAGCUGAUCUUGUCAAAGAUAGUUCGAUUCCUGAAGACAUAAGUGUUAUUCCACCUGAAGUUUCGCAUGUCAAUUCAUCUAACGAGGAGACACGAACUUCUGACAUCACUAUAGGCGUAUCUAAUAUAGAUACAAAUGUUAACAUGGGUGAAGAAGGUGCGAAGACUGAUGCUCAAGUAUCAAGUCUGGAAGUUGAUACUAUGUUAAAGAUGUUGGAAUCACGGAUAAUCAGCAUAGUCUCCGGAAUGGUGAAAGAUUCCGAGUCUGUUAUUUUAGAGAAGGUUGACUACACUGAUCAGAAUAACGAACUUCAUGUUAAAUCUCAACGAUCUGAUUUUAUGGGUGAGGUGAUGUGA